AUGGCCCAGUCUCGUGCCAACGGCUCGCACUACGCCCUGACAGCAAUAGGGCUGGGGAUGCUCGUCCUCGGCAUCAUCAUGGCAGUGUGGAACCUCGUCCCUGGCUUUGGCCCUGACAGCAAGCCCACCACCCAUGCUGGGAACAGCAGCAAGCCCGACCGUGGCAACGGAGGCAUUCUGAAGAGCAAGACCUUCUCGGUGGCGUACGUGUUGGUAGGGGCGGGUGUGCUGCUGCUGCUGCUCUCCAUCUGCCUCAACAUCCGGGACAAGAAGAGGCAGAGCGAAGACAUCGUUCAUGUGCAGCACCAAGUGUCUGUGGAGCCCUCGCACCAGGAGGAUAGCCAAGAAGAGGACGACGACACAUCUUCCCAGUACUACGUCCCCAGCUACGAGGAGGUGAUGAACACGGGCUACUCUGAGCCUAGAGACUUGGACAGGAGCACCAGGAUCAGCGUCUCCCUUCCCUCCUACGAGUCACUGACGGGGCUGGAUGACAGCACCCCGGCACCCAGCGCCGCGGGCACGGAGCCGGGCACG